AGUGCCGUUCGCCGCAGCGACGUGAUCAGUGCGCAGGUGUUUCUCAGAGGGAAGUGCGGGCUUUCUCCGGUUUCUGACUCCUAUUUCUUGUUAUUUGUGUGUGAUGCGUGAAUAACGCGCGGAGGUCUCCAUGUUCCCCGGGGUUUUACACGCCCUGCUGGCGGGGUUCCUCGGCGCAGUGGCCUCGUCCUCCGCCAAACUGUCUCUCGGCACGGAUUAUCUGAAAGGCGUGUGUGAGACGGGACUGAGGACGUGGGGAGAACAGAGGACAUUCAGACACGCAGAUGAGACAACCGCGUGUGAGUGGCUGCACAUUCCUCUCCGUCUGCUCUGCGGUGGGCUGCUCUUCACCUGUAAUGCUGUGAUGUGGACGUUCCUGUCGAAGGCUCUCAGGUACUCUUCAUCCUCUGCCCGAACCACUGUGACCACCACUGCCUCCAACUUCAUCUCCUCUGCACUCCUUGGGCAGCUUAUCUUUGGGGACAGCCUCGUCGCUCUGUGGUGGGUCGGGGUCUCACUCACACUAUCGGGUCUCCUGGUGCUACAACGCUCUUCCUCCACAAAUACACACUCUGAGACCUCAAAGAAAGAUGAAUGAGACCAUGUUAACUGAAGACGCAUGUCAUGAUGAACAUCAUCGGCUUUCUGCGAUUUAAAGAGCGGUCACCAAAAGUAAUCAAACUAUAUUUGAGCGUUAAAACAGUCCAGCCAAAAAAUACUAAUGUGGCUAGCAAAAAAUUAAAGAUGACACCACAAAAAGUUUAGAAAAGGUCUACAGUAGAAUAUAUAAACUUGGCUAUGGUUUAGAACAAGUAAGGGAUUUCUUUAGAAACUAACUGCUAAUAGCUCCAUUAAUUGCUCUUGACAUAUUUGUGAUGUAAUGAUUUAUAUUCCUCAGUGAAAUACCUGAUACUGCUACAACUCAUGAUUUUUUUUUUGCAUGUAUUCUAACUGCUAGCUUGUCACAUGGAUACUGUGGCUUGUUAUUGUAACGAGGGUGAACUCUAUAUAGCCAUGAGCUCUUAAUUGGUUAUGUAAAUCGUGACCAUAUUUAACACAGGCGGUGUUCUAUAAUAUAACCGCUGUAAUAUAGUCCAGAAGUGUCUGCCUCUGUAGGGUCUUUAUUUAGGACACGUUUAAAGGAGCAUUGUUCUUGGAGAACGUGAGACCAUAAUCCUGUUGAAUGAAUGAAUCCGGCCAUUUUGAGUUCUCUCAGCCUUUGUGAACAAAAAGCAUGGAAGAUCCCUGGCUUGUGGACCCUGGGAUCAUUUUGGUGGAUGGGACAGUACAGGAAUAUGUCCUGACAUGGGACUUGUCAACAACCACAGAUCCUUCCAGAUUUUUUAUUAACCAUUAUAAACACCUCAUAGUGAUUAUAAACACCUCACAGGGACCUUAUGAUGUCAUGCCAGGAGCUUGUGGGAGUACUCACUUGUGUGGGUCAUACCAAAGACUUAAAUACUGAACCUCCUGGUGUUUCUUGAGAAAAUCAAGAAAGAGAAGAAGAUGGAGUGAAUAACACAACGUUCAUGCUAGCAGUUCACUUGUGGGCAAAGCUUGCUCUGUGUUUUUUUAAGUUAGUUAUUUUCAGUUCCAAAUUGAAACAUCAGUAGCUUUAGUAUAGAGCUUCGAAAGGUAAACACCAAGCUAACCAUAAGCUAGUUAAAGACAAAUUAAUCUUCAAACUGUACUAGCUGUACUUAUGGUGAGUACCAGAAGCACCAAUAAUCUCUACUGCAUUUGUUCCUGUUUUAUUUUGUCUAAAUGUUUAUAAAUGCACUUAAUGACAGUUUGUAUGUGACAGGAUGUGGAAUCAAGAUAGGAACUAAAGUAGUGAGCGGGGAACAGGAUUGGCCAGAGCAGUCAGUUGAGCAGUCAAUUGGAUUUGUUGUGUCUUUGCGGUGUCGUAGUUAAUAAGAACAGAAAUGAGUGAAUUGCUUUAAAAAAAAAACAAGAAUUUUUCAUAAUUUGAGAAGAAUUGAAGCUGCUGAUUGGUCAGCUACUGCAACAGCCAUUGUGACACUUAUUAUUACACUUCAACUAGAAGUCAAUUAAACAGUAUAGUUUAUUAAGCAAUGAGUUAAAUGUAAACAGAAUAUGUAAAAGCUAUUUAGAUAUUUAAUCACUGCAGUAUGGAUUUUAGUGACAGAAUCAUGAAUCAUUUCCCUUUUCAGUCACCCCUCCCCCAACGCAGAAUCAUCACCCAAGUACUUUUAAUGUCCUUGAAUUUAUUACAUCAUUUUCUUCACCUGUGUAUACAUGUUGUCAUCAUGCUGAGAUCCAUCACACCUCCACUGUUCCUCUGCCCUCAUCCAUAUUAGCAAAUUGUGACCUAGAAACAGGUCUAGAGAAAUUAGAUGCCUUUUUUUCAGCUGUAGCAUGUGAUGAAGACUUGUGUGUCAUCUUCUCCUCCACAGACACAUCACUGUGAUCAGCAAGCAGCAAUGAUGCAAUAACAACUAGCACAAAACCAAGCUUAAUCUCUGAAAAAAGCUGUUUCGUGUUCUUUCUGUCACUGAUAUCUGAUGUGUUUCAUAUAUAAAUAGAAAAUCCUGAAGUGUUUUCAGGAACAUAGUGACAGAGUGCAGUUUGUAACUAAACAGCCAAAUCCAGAACUUCCACAACCUCCUCCAUUUAUAUACAGUAUAAUAUAGAAUUGUAGAAAAUGCAAUAUAAAUGUAACAUAAAAUUGUCAAUGCUAACAGCAAACAAAAGCUAGCAAGACAGAAGCAUGUGUAUUGCUAACCUGCUAGUGACAAAAAGUGAAGAAUGGUUCACGAUUGCCCAUUACCAGGAUUUACGUAGUCAAAUAGUGAAAAUUGCCAACACUAGUUGCUAGUGCAAACUGCUGACAAGUUGGCAAGCCAUGAACAUGCUAACUGCUCAGAUUCUACCUACAAGCUCCUUUAAGUGCUGAAUGCAGAGUUUGUAAAACUCCAGAAAAAACUGCUAAUCAACUAUUAAUAAACUGAAAAUAAUAAGGCUAGCUAGUAAUGGCCAUGCUAAUUCCCAGGAUUAGCAUUUAUUCAACUUUUUUUUUAAAGCUAACUUAUGCUUUAAUGUAUGUAUGGUAACAUAAAAUUGUGCAAAUAUUAAAUUACCUGUUUAUUAAUAAAGAAUAAUGAGUAGAAACUGGCCGUAAUUACACGUUCCGCAUAAUAACAAAGGAGUUGAUAAAGGAGGAAAAAACAAACAGAAAGUAUUAGCAUCUUAGUUUUCUUCUGGUCAACCUCCUCCUUUAAUAGUUGCAGGUAUGGAAUUAAUCUUGAUGAUAAGAUGAUGACUGAUGAGAAAAAACAUUAAUUCAGUUAGGUGAAAAUAUAACUGAUCCUACAUACAAAAGGAUCCAGUCAAAUUGCUAACAGCUUAGCAACAAAUUUGCUUAGCCUUUGCUGGGUAACUGCUACAUGCUAGUUUUCAUGUCAGCAUCGCUGCUAUUGUCGUAAUGGUUAAGGGAAUGAAUAUCAGCUUUUGAAUUGACCAUGUGUCUUAGCAGCAAAUUGCUAAUGGUGAACUUUGCUAACUGCUAGAUUAGUAACUUUUUUUUUUUUUUGUAGCUUUUUAUUUUUUAUCCAUGUAGCAAAACUCAAACACAAUAACACCUGCAUUUACACUCGCUGUGAAUCGCCAGUGCUUCCUACAUCCAGUUUAUUCUCAGUGGAUAAUAAAGGACGGCAACGGACCGACUGGGACAUUUAUGCUGGAUGCCUUUUUUUCUUAUCCAAAUCCAGUCUUGUGUACUUUUAUUAUUACAUGCAAGUCCCUGGCAAUGUGAGUUAUUUAUACGAACAUCACUUCAAUCUGAGAUGCUGAUGUUUAUUUGUUGUACAGAUGUUAUUGCAGUUCUUUUUGCAGUAAUUUACAAUUGGAAAAGAUUUUUCAAAUCGUUACAUGGCUACUUGUACUGCAUUAUCUUCAUGUUAAUGUUAUAAAACCUAUAUAAUGUGUGUAGAAUAGCAAAGAACCCUAAUGUAGGAAUGAGCAUAUAGCAUGAGAUUUAUUCAUAUUUAUCCAGUGACUUGACACAGCAUUUAAUGUGUCUGUUUUUUAAUCCUGAUGUGUUUCAUGUGCUGCUUAUACAAUAUAUCACAAUACAUCGACAUGUAUGCAAUCGUUGUAAACGUUAAACAACUUAGAACAUGACACCUUUGGAUGCAGACCCACAAUAUUCAAUUCAUCAAAAGUAUAAGAACAGAUUGUCACAGAGGAAAUAACACCAUGAAGCUGGUGACCAACUGAUGCCACCAGACUUCUUCAGUGAAGCUUCUUUCAGUUUUUGUGUUUCAGUGGAUUUCUCCUCUUCAGGAUGUGAAAUAUUACUCAGUUGGGUUCAGGUCUGUUGAUUGACUUGUCCAGUCUAAAACCUUACACUUUGCCCCUGAUGAAGUCCUGUGUUGAGAAUCUGUUUGUUUUGGAUCAUUGUCUUGCUGCGCGAUGAAGAUGAUUUGAUUGGAUUCAUUUCUCUGUAAAAUAUCAGUUUCAGUUUCUGUAGAUGUCAGAAUUCUUUCUGUUGAAACUAAAGAUUACUGAGAAGGUUCCAGAAGAAGCCAUGCAAGCCCAAGCCAUGAUACCUCCACCACCAUGUUUCAGAUCAGCUUGUUAAUGUUGGAUCAUUUCUUUCUCCACACUUUCUAUAGGUUCCAGAACUUUCGUGGCUCUCCGAUGUAUUUCUUUGUGGCCUUCUGAUCGUUAUAUUCGCUCUUCCCGAUGUUUAUAUGAUGGUUAUGAUGGAGUUUUACUCCUUGCUUAGCUUCAACAUGGCUUACUUUUCACCUGUACACAGUCCUCUGUUCAUGUUGGUCCUCUGUUCACAACAAAUGCAGUCUUCAGUGGUAAAAUUUGGGCUUACAAUCAACUGAACAGGAAUUGAUUGUAAGUCACAUGGCAGGCACAUAAUUCUAGUAUUUGCGAUCCCUUAAAUAUUGGUGGGUUCAUACAAAAUGUGCCAUGUUCUUUAGAUGUUAACACACCAGACGAUGUAAAUAACAGGGAAUGAAAGCUGAAAUUCUGAUCAUUUGUCUCAUAUCAUCUUAUAAUCUCAAACCCAAAUGUCUUCAGUGUAUAGCAGAAAGAAUAGAACUGGCUUGUUUUUUCCUUCUUCACACCGUUUGGUUAGACGUAGCUUUAAUUUGCUGGCUCUGACAUUUAGCUUGCUAUUUGUUACACUCUGUUUAUUUCAAUUUAGCGUGUAUGUAUUAUCAGGACAUGCCUUUUACUAUGUAUUGGCUGUAUUAUAUGAAUGAACUCUUGUAAAUAUAUGAAAUAUCUGUAUUUAAGAAUAAUAAAAAUAAGAAA